AUGUCUUUCCUCACACGCUUCGCUACCACCGCCCGCACUGCGGCUCCUCUGAGCACAGCGCGAGCUACACCCUCCGUUGCAGUUGCCGGCCAGAGAUUUGUUUCCUCAACGGCUAAGCGCGAGUCCGGACCUAUUGAUGCUACAAAGAGUACCUUGAAGAAGGCGGACCGCGUUGUUUCUGACGCUGCAGUCAAGGGAAUCGAGACUGGUGAGGCUGCCGCAAGCAAGGUUAAGCAGGCCGUCGGAAGUUCAAGUGGCGAGGCAGAACAGAAAGUCGGAGAGCUAAAGGGCGAGGCUGCCGAGUUGGCGGGCAAGGGCAAGGGCAAGGCACAGGAGGUUGCUGGUGAGGCAAAGGGAAAGGCUAAGGAGUUUGCCAGUGACGUGAAGUCAUAA